UUUUAAAAGCGGAAGGAGAGUUUUGCAUGGGAAGUAGCUUCCAGAAACUUGGCACCGAGGUGCAGGGAGGCGAGAGACUCUUUGUGUCUCUAAGGCCGAGUGAGGAAUUUGCAAGCACAUGUGGGAUAUACCAGCCUUGGAUGCAGAGGUUGAACCCAUCCACAGUAAUGGCCGCAGCCUUACCCAGAACCCUGGGGGAGUUGCAGCUAUAUAGAAUAUUACAGAAAGCCAAUCUGCUUUCCUACUUUGAUGCCUUUAUCCAACAAGGUGGGGAUGAUGUCCAGCAACUCUGUGAGGCUGGAGAAGAGGAGUUUUUGGAGAUCAUGGCACUCGUGGGCAUGGCUAGCAAGCCCCUACAUGUGAGAAGGCUGCAGAAGGCACUGAGAGACUGGGUCACCAACCCUGGCCUUUUCAACCAGCCCCUGACUUCCCUUCCAGUUAGUAGCAUCCCCAUCUAUAAGUUGCCUGAGGGGUCCCCGACGUGGCUGGGAAUAUCUUGCAGCAGCUACGAGAGGAGCAGCAGUACCCGGGAACCACACCUGAAGAUCCCCAAGUGCGCCGCCACCACCUGUGUGCAGAGCCUGGGUCAGGGCAAGUCAGAGGCGGUGGGGAGCCUGGCGCUGCAGGGUGUCGGCGAGUCCAGACUCUGGCAGGGCCACCACGCCACUGAGAGCGAGCACAGCCUGUCCCCCGCGGACCUGGGCUCCCCAGCCUCCCCCAGGGAAAGCAGCGAGGCACUGGACGCGGCCGCUGCCCUGUCCGUGGCUGAGUGUGUGGAGCGCCUGGCCCCCACGCUGCCCAAGAGUGACUUGAGCGAGGUCAGAGAGCUGCUGAAGACCCACAAGAAGCUGGCCAAGAUGGUCGGGCACAUCUUUGAGAUGAGCGACAGUGACCCGCACAAGGAGGAGGAGAUUCGGAAAUACAGCGCCAUCUAUGGCAGGUUCGACUCCAAGAGAAAGGACGGGAAGCACCUCACGCUGCACGAGCUCACUGUUAAUGAAGCAGCUGCACAACUCUGUGUGAAGGACAAUGCUCUGCUGACAAGAAGAGAUGAACUUUUUGCUCUGGCAAGACAGAUUUCUCGGGAAGUCACCUAUAAAUAUACUUACAGAACCACCAAGUCAAAAUGUGGAGAAAGAGAUGAAUUAUCCCCGAAGAGAAUUAAAGUAGAGGAUGGCUUUCCAGAUUACCAGGAUUCCAUGCAGACACUUUUCCAGCAAGCAAGAGCCAAGAGUGAAGAGCUCGCGGCUCUGAGUUCACAGCAGCCUGAAAAGGUAAUGGCAAGGCAGAUGGAGUUCCUCUGUGCCCAGGCUGGUUACGAGAGACUGCAGUCCACUGAGAGAAGGCUAUCUGCAGGGCUCUACCGGCAGGGCUCCGAGGAGCACAGUCCGAACGGCCUGGCUUCUGAGAGCGCAGAGGCACAAGGAGAAAGACCAUUGAAUCUCCAAAUGCCUAACCUGCAGAACAGACAGCCCCAUCAUUUCAUGGUGGAUGGGGAACUGAGCAGGCUCUACCCCAGCGAGGCAAAGUCCCACCCUUCAGAGAACCUUGGGAUUUUAAAAGACUACCCUCACUCAGCUUUUACCUUGGAAAAGAAAGUCAUCAAAACAGAGCCUGAAGACUCAAGAUAGCUGUGAUUCUCCCACUGUUCUUUGGAAAUGGCAUCAGAUUUAAGGAUAAUACUCCAUCAUAGAAACAAGCCUUAAUAACCAGUGUUGCCUCAUUCAGCUCAAACAGAUUUCAUAGCCAAAGCAGAAGGAGACCAGGAAGAUAAAACAUCAGCCACAAAUGAGAAAAUCAGGAGAGUGUUGCAAUCUGUAACAGAAAUAGCGAUUCAUUCACAUUCCUGUGUAAGUUGUUUUAUGUGGAAAGGCUUACAAAUUAAUAUUGUAAGCAUUCAUUAUUUAAGAAUGUACAAUGUAUUUGUGUAAUUUAUAGAAGUAAAAUCUAGAUGUUGAGACCCGUUUGGUCCAAUUGAUGUGGAUGCUGUUUAUUUUACUUGAAAUUUUGUUGUCUACUUUGUAUGUUUAGCGUAAAUAUUAAAAGUCAGAGUUUAGAAUCUUUGCAAUCAUGAAAAAGAAAACUUAAGCUCUUGACAGGAUUGCAGUGACUAUGGAAAAAUGGAAAACAAAUACUCAACUUAAACCAAGGAAAAUAUUGUGGGUUUAAUAUUAGAGAAAAGUGAUUUUGUUUAACAGGAAAUGUGUAGUAUUCAUUCCUAUAAUAUCUGGUUAUCAGUGCACAUUUACACAAUUAAUAAAUACUGCAGGAAAGUUAAAAAGAUGAGCAAUAGAUUAAAAGUAUCUCUUAUCUGGUUGACCCAGGUGGUAUUAAUAGCUACUUAAAAUGUAUCAGAGAAGAUAGGAAGCUAUUACUUAGAAUCUUGAAACAAAUGGACCGAUAUGUAAAAGCUUUGACUUAAAUGUUGAUAUUUUAGAAUGUAUUAAGUAGAUUAAGACAUAGUAAUUUAACCCUACAUAUGAUAAAGAUGGUGACUGUCAGCAAAGGCUAUAAUAGAUUAAGUACUGUUUUAUAUUCAGAAAUUCUUCUCUGGGAACAGGAGUCAGAAACCAGAUUCUUUCCCUGGAAUAUCUUCCCAGUCAACCAUCCAGUCACCGCAGCCACGUCUGCAGGCAUAGUUCUUUGGAAAUUUAGUCGCCACCUAUAUUCAUUAUUUAUUUUACAAUUUCAUUUUUGUACACCUUUCCAAUUUGUGAAUGCAGUUUUUUAUUAAAAUUCAUUUUAACUUGACAAUAUAUUUUAAUUCCCCCUAUUAAUAGACUGUGCAUAUACAUAGGGGGUGUGCUUAAAUAUUGAUAAUGUACUUGCGUCCUUAUGAGAAUUUCACAUUGGAAUCCAUAGUGAUUAAAAAAAAAUACAUCUGCCAAUAUACAUUUUUUUCUGUUGGUUUAAGAGAAGAUAUUUGACAGCUUUACCUACUUCCUACAAAUUCAUCUAAACUCAGAUAUUGCCGAGAAGAGUAUAUUGUCAUGGAGUAUGUGGUUUUUGGUUUUCAGUUCUGCUCUAGAUCAUAUUGUAUACAAAAUAUUAAGUCAUUAUUAUAUUAAAGUUCGUCAGCCAAAUGUUAGAUGAAAUGUCUGCACUGUAGUCUCAGAUCACUGUCCUUCUGUAGUUGCUUUUUCAUUUUGAUUUGUAGAAGAGCUUUACAGUAGACAUACUAGCAAACAACUUUUAUACUAUUAAAAGGCUUUUUUCCCUUCUUACAUGUUCUAAUUGUACCAUAGUGUUUUGGCCACUUGAAGAAACUUCUUAUGGACCUUGCAACUUUGUUGCUAACUUGAGGUUGAUUAUUGUGGUUGUAUUGUUCACUGUAUGUAGAAAUAGUAAGAGUAUGAUUUAAAUAGACUGUUCGGUUUUUAAUAUUAGCCAUAGCACUGGUUAGUAUCUCAGUAGUUUCAUGAAACGUUUUCUGUAUUCUAAUCUAUUUUGAGAAAUUUUGUGGUUUUUUUUUUUAAUUGUGUCUUACAGUCCAAGUUUGUAGAUUUUAAUAAGCAACAAUUUUUAAAGAUGCAGUAAUCUUCCAACUAAUAUUUAUUCAUCUUUUGUGGACCCACAGUUUGCAUCUUUAAUUCCAUCAGUAAGUUUCCUUAUGUGUCAUACUUUUUGGUCUUUCCAAGAGCUUAUUGGCAUUGGGGAAGCACAAGAAACAAUUUCAGUAGAAUACAGUUUUUAUUUUGUAAACACUAAUGUAUUAAACUUGCUAUACAUUAAAGCAGAUAAUAUAUAUUUUUAUUUGAAUUGUACAUAUGAGUUGGAUGUUAUAACUAGUUGGGUUUUUUUUUUUUCAUUUUGUUAGAGGUAUUUUCACUGAACAAAGUCAAUUGGUUACCUCAGUAUUUCAGCCAGUACAGUCCAAGGGACCGUUUCUCCCCGAGUCGUUGUUAGACUUCCAUGUGUGAUGUCCACGUUUUUGUGACUCGUCGAGCUGUUGGUGAGGUGGGACGAGUACACUUGCUUCCUGUGGCAAUAAAGAUUUUCUGUGCCUCACA